GAAUCCUUUUUAAUUACAAUCUUCGUUUACUAACUCUAUUUCGCGAAUAAUUUGAAGGAGACUUCAAAUUACACUCUGUCUUAUGUCAUAUUCUAGAUCUCUUAUAGCCAAAUGCAGUCUUCGACUACGUAUUUUUGAUACAUCUCCUGGAGUGAAAUUCAAAGUUGUAUGAAGCUUCUCAUGUGUAUCAUGUUAUCAUGGCUGUACAGCACUUUCAGACGCUUCUGUUUCUAGCUGUCUUCACGACUUUCCUGGCCAAUUUAUUUUUAAUUCUUAAGCAUAAUGACUCAUGUAUAAAGGAGACUUCUAAAUUUCCAUGGCAGAGAAGGGUUAAUAUGGAAUUCUUAAAAAGAAACCAAAAACAAAUGGACAAAAUUCAAAAAGAUCAGACGACACCAUUUGCUCCAAUGGAUCAUGACACCGCGACGACAUUAAACGACAAAUAUGAGCCAAAAAUAUUAAAAAUUGAAGUCUUUUCAAGCGAGAAAAACAUCUCUGUUACAGUGAAUGGCAAAAAGCUUCUACAUGGAAAUCAACGUACUUUAAUUGGAAUCAACGCUGUUGUUGUCAACCAAGAAACUGGAGAGAGCUUGGGAACUAGGUCCUUUAACACAUACAGAAUUGUGCAAGAAAGUCAACACUUGCAAGAAUUCGUCAAAGAAGUUACCGUUGGGAGAAUUAUUUGUUUUACUGUUAAGGACGAGGCUUCAUACAAUCUGAAGAAUAGCGUGCGUGCCUUUCUCAAACGCAGUGGAAGUGUUUUCAUCAACCGUCUAAAAUGGAGAGACAUGUGGGCUUUUGUAAUACAGAAAACCAAACACAGCGCUCGUGUUCUUGGAGAAGCCUAUCAACAAUGCAUGCAUAAUGGGCAUGCGUGCAAAGUUGGUGAACAAGGAUGGGCUGCCCCUGUCAGCCUUGUGGUCACAGCUUUUCAGGCAGAGAGGAGCCAAGACAUAUCAAACGUAAAGGUGACAAAAAAUCCGUGAUCACUCAAGCGUAACCUGACAGUCUAAGACUUUUUGAAGAAAUGCAAGAAUUUAUGAAAUGAAAUAUAUAUGUGACCUUUCUGUCUAUUCUUCGUGAGAAAAUUUGAAAAUCCAAGUAUGUAUUUUAGCCUUUGAAGAGUUUGAGUUUAAACAUCAAAAUAGCCAGGCGAUCACAGGUAGCCCAAGCUAGGUAUUUGUGUACUUUUUAGAAAUAUUUAAAAUACUAGUAUAACAAAAAUAAACAUCUUUACCUGUGUAUA